AUGAUUCAAUGUUCUUGCCACCAGGGCUCUAAGGGGAAUCCGUAUCUUCUAGAAGGCUGUCAAGAUAUAGAUGAAUGCAAUCAAUAUCCUCCAAUCUGCUCGUCCUCAAUGGUUUGCAAGAACCUUCCAGGGGCUUAUACAUGUUAUAGCAUUAAGACUGGAGAAUCACGGGAUUAUACAGUUUUGCAUGAUUUGAUUCAAUUGCAUAUAGGUAUUGGAGCAGGUGCAGGUCUUGUAUUUGCACUUCUUGGGUCAUGGUGUUUUCAUAAAGCAUUGAAAAAAAGAAAUAAGGCCAAGCUGAAGGAGAAGAACUUCAAGCGAAAUGGUGGUGUACUUUUACAACAACAACUAACAUCAAGUCAAGUCAAUGUGGAGGAGAUAAAAAUAUUUGGUUCAAAGGAGUUAGAGAAGGCUACAGAAAAUUUCAGCAAAGAAAGGAUGCUUGGUCAGGGAGGUCAAGGAGCUGUUUAUAAAGGAAUAUUGGCAGAUGGAAGAAUCGUGGCCGUGAAGAAGUCAAAAGUAGUAGGCGAAACAAAGGUGAGAGAGUUCAUUAAUGAGGUUGCCAUUCUUUCACAGAUUUUCCAUAUGAAUGCGGUUAAGGUGCGGGGAUGCUGCUUGGAGACCGAAGUUCCCUUACUUGUUUAUGAAUUCAUUCCAAAUGGAACACUCUAUGAAUACUUACAUACUCAAAAUGAUGAGUUUCCAUUUACAUGGGAGAUGCGUUUGGGGGUUGCCAUAGACGUUGCAGGGGCUCUCUCGUAUCUACACUCAGCAGCAUCUUUACCCAUUUAUCACCGAGAUAUUAAAUCUUCAAACAUUCUCUUAGAUGAUAAAUAUAAAGCCAAAAUUGCGGAUUUUGGAAUUUCAAGAUCCUUUGCCAUUGAUCAAACUCUUGUGACCACAAAAGUGCAAGGCACUUUUGGAUACGUGGAUCCUGAGUACUUCCAAUCAAGCCAGUUCACAGAAAAGAGCGAUGUCUAUAGUUUUGGGGUUGUUCUUGUUGAGUUCCUAACAGGAAAGAAAGUAGUCAUUUCAACAUCUGAAGAGGCUGAAAGUUUAGUCGCAUUAUUCAAUUCAUCAAUAGAAGAAGAUAGUCUCUUUAGUAUUAUUGACUCCCAAGUUCUAAAUCAUCCAGUGAAGGAAGAUAUAAUGACAGUUGCUCAUCUUGCAAAAAAAUGCUUGAGCCUAAAUGGGAAGAAUAGACCAACAAUGAAAGAAGUCGGACUUGGGUUAGAAAAGAUCCAAAUACAACAAACAACUUCAAGAAUUCCACAACAUCAUAAUGAUCAGCAAGAGUUUAAAAACGCAGGAGGUGAAACAAGUAAGGCUUGGAAGAAUCUUUCCACUUCGAGUACAAAAUCAUCAGGUAUGGAGAGCUUCUCUAUUCAUCAACAAACUUAAAACCACUGCUGUACUCAGUCUAAAAAUUAAUCACACUUGUGUUUCUAAAUGUACUAAGAGUAUAAUUUAUCAAAUUCACUUCUGAAUGGUUUUUCAAGGACUGUUGAUCGAAUUAAAGCUGGAGCUUUUGGCUUCUUUGGGAUGCUAGUUGGUUGCAAAUUUCAGAGACCCUAGGCCUUUCUCAGCUUUGAUUAUAACUGACAAUAUAGUUUUACCUGGAAGUCCUCUUAUCUGGUUAUUGUUUUUUAUGGGGUUCGAUC